AUGUCGGAGGUCAAGCCAGUUUCCCCUGGAAGUUUAUCUUUAUGGCAAAAGUAUGGACCUUCUGAAAACACCGUACGUGGUAUUGUAAUCGGUGGUAUUACGGGAGGAAUAGAGAUCUGCAUCACAUUCCCAACUGAAUAUGUGAAGACACAAUUACAAUUAGACGAGCGUUCCGCAACACCUAAGUUUAAGGGUCCAAUAGAUUGCGUUAAUCAGACAGUGAAAGGCCAUGGAUUCUUCGGAUUGUACAGAGGUCUUUCUGUUUUGCUCUACGGAUCUAUUCCAAAGUCUUCCUUCAGAUUCGGAACUUUCGAAUAUCUCAAGGGGAAGGCUGCAGAUGAGAGGGGAAACUUGACUCCAAUGAUGCGAUUAGCAUGCGGUCUCGGAGCAGGAUUAUCUGAGGCUGUGUUUGCUGUUACUCCCAUGGAAACGGUGAAAGUAAAAUUCAUUCACGACCAAGGCCUUCCUCAACCCAAGUUUAAAGGGUUUGUCCAUGGAGUCGGAUGUAUCAUAAAGCAAGAUGGCAUAGGAGGAAUUUACAAAGGAGUUACUGCCACUAUGGCUAAACAAGGUUCUAACCAGGCUAUUCGGUUUUUCGUGAUGGAAACAUUAAAGGAUUGGUACAGAGAUGGAGAUAACACCAAGACCAUCUCCAAGCCUUUGGUUGGACUUAUGGGAGCCGUAGCGGGAGCUGCCUCCGUAUAUGGUAACACUCCUAUCGACGUAGUGAAAACCCGUAUGCAAGGAUUGGAAUCGAAGAAAUACAAGAGCUCAAUUGAUUGUGCCGUUAAAAUUUGGAAAAACGAAGGAUUCUUUGCAUUCUACAAAGGAACAGUUCCGAGAUUAUCUCGAGUUUGCUUGGAUGUUGCUAUCACUUUCAUGAUCUACGAUUCCAUCAUGGAGUUCCUCGACAAACAUUGGAAAAAAGCAUAA